CUGAGCGAAAAGGCGCGCAAGCAGGAGGCGUUGAGUUACUUGAGGGAGCUCAAGGAGCGAUUGCGCGAUAAGAGACACACGUACGAUGAGUUUUUGGAGAUCAUGAAGGAGUUUAAGGCGAAUAGGCUGGACACGGAGGGGGUGAUCAAGCGCGUGAAGCGAAUUUUUCGCGGACACACGGAUUUAAUCCUCGGAUUCAAUCAAUUUCUGCCUCGAGGACACGAGAUUACGGUCGCGGACAUCGAGCGAGACGACGAGGAGGCGAUGGAUCACGGCGUCAGAGCGAAGCCGCAAGUCGAAUUCGUGCACGCGAUAUCGUACGUGAACAAGAUCAAGUCGAGAUUUUCGAACGACGAGCGCGUGUAUAAGAACUUCCUGGAGAUUUUGAACAUGUACAGGAAGAACGUGAAGACGAUUUCGCAGGUUUACGAGGAAGUGGCGCAGUUGUUCAAACAUCAUCACGACCUUUUGGACGAGUUUACGUACUUUUUGCCCGAUUCUACGCAACCGGCGGCUGGUAAGAAGGGACGCGGUGUGCGCGGCGUGCGUGGUAGAAAAGGGUUGCCGCCGGAAACUCCGGAAGAGGCUGAGGCGAGACGCGCGGCGGCGGCGCUGGCAAAGGAGCUCGCAUUUUUCGAAAAAGUAAAGGCGAGACUUCGCAACCGCGACGCAUACAACGAGUUCAUCAAGAUCCUGAACAUCUUCAACAUGGGUAUCAUCACCAAGAUGGAGAUGUCGACGCUCGCAUACGACAUUCUCGGCAAGUUCCCCGAGCUUCAGUCUGGAUUUAGUGAUUUUGUCGCUCGGUGCGAGGCGCUCGAUUUCGACCCAUCUAUGGCAAAACGACCGCCAGAGAAGCUGUCGCCGAAGGAUUUGCAACUCAUGAAGGUGGUGGCCGAGCGCGAGAAAUUCGUCUCCAAACCCAUUUCGGAGUUGGAUCUCUCCAUGAGCGAGCGCUGUGGCCCGUCGUACCGAUUGUUGCCCAAGAACUUCCCGCCAGCCCCGUGUACGACGAGGACGCAGCUGUGCAAGGAUGUUCUCAACGACAACUGGGUGGCGGUGACUUCGGGUUCGGAGGAUUACUCUUUCAAGGCGAUGCGUAAGAACCAGUACGAGGAGGCGUUGUUCCGCUGUGAAGAUGAUCGAUUCGAGAUCGACAUGGUUCUCGAAACGACCAAGUCUUGCAUCGAAAAGUUGCAAAAGUUUGAGGAAGAAAUCAACGCGAUGCCCGAGGAGGCUCGCGGAGCCGCGGUCAUGCCCGAAGGAUACUUGGGCGCCGUGUGUGAGCGCGCCAUCCUGCGCAUCUACGGUGAUCGUGGGGAUGAAAUCGGAUACCUGGUCAAGACUGCGCCGCAAGCGACGAUCCCAAUCGUCUUGAAGCGUUUGCACCAAAAGCAGGAAGAGUGGGUCGAGCUGAAGAACGAGAUGAUGCCGAUUUGGUCCGACGUGUACACGAAGAAUUACGCCAAGUCUCUCGAUCAUCAAUCCUUCUACUUCAAGCAAAUGGACAAAAAGGCGCUCUCUAUGAAGGGUAUGGCCCAGGAAGUCAAGGAGUUGAACGACAAGAAGAAGACGUCCGACGAAGUCAUCGGCAAGGGGAUGCCUCCGGUGGACGAGUCUCCUGAUCUCACUCUUGAUUACUCUGACGCCCGGGUGCACGACGACGUGUACGCCGUUAUCAAGUUUAGUACCAACGAAAUGCUCAACUCGGAGCAAGGCGAGCGCGUUUUGACGCUUUAUCGAAACUUUGUCGAGUCCUUCUUUAACGUAAACCGAGAAAAUCCGGAUGAUUUCAAGGAUUCCUCCGCCGAGGCGGCGGCGAACUUUGUUCGGGGUACCGAGAAAGAGGACGUCAAGAAACUCAACGAGAAUAAGAAGUCCGAAUCAGACGAAGAGGAAGAAGACGAGGACGAUAAAAUGCGAGUUUCGAGUGCGCGGAAAGCACCGAAAGUUGAGCCAAAAGAGGAAGCAGAGGAACAAGAGGAUGACGAAGACGACGAAGAGGAAAAAGAGUUUGCACUCUGCAAACCCGUCAGUGGGAUCGUCGAUGCCGCCGAAGCGUCGGCCGCAGUUGCGCUUAAGAACAUGAAGAGGACUGUGUUCUACGCCAACGAUCAGAUUUACCACAUGUUCCGUCUUCAUUCGCAUUUGUUUGAGCGCAUGUCGACUGCGCGAGAGAGCGCUGCGGCCAUGGCCAAGGCAAGCAAGCCCGCGCGCAAGCAAGCUGAUGUCCACACCGAGUUCCUUCGACUACUCUUCCACUUGUUGAACGGCACAACGGAGUCUGGUAAAUUCGAGGACGACUGUCGCACGCUGUUGGGAGCGAAAUCGUACCUCCUGUUCACCUUAGACAAGCUCAUCUAUAAAGUCAUCAAACAAGUGCAACUUGUUAUUCAGGAGGAGCCGAGCAGUAAACUUUUGCACCUCCACGACUAUGAAUUGGCUCGUGAAGCGUCGUUCAACGAAGGUAUCUACCGCGCAAAUGCGUGUGUUCUACUGCAAGACGAAGCAUGCUAUCGCUUAGCGUCAUCCGAAGAUGGCAAGACAAUGUUUGUUAGACUCGUAGAAGUGGGACCGGAACGGCCCGACUUGCCGAUGGGAACGAUGGACGCGCGCUUUGCGACGCAUUUACAGACCUUCUUGACCACUCCGGCCACCGAUGAUAUUCCAGAGUCUGCGGAGCUUGAUGAUGACGACGAUGAACACACCGCCGUAUUCCUGAGCCGAUCGAAGGAGAAGGCUGGCUUUAGCGACUUGGACGCGGCGAUGGAAAAUGCCAUCGUGACGAAUUCAUUAGAAUGCAAAGUCAGCUGUAGCACGAGCAAGGUGUCGUAUGUACUUGACACCGAAGAUGUAUUACGCCGUGCGAAGAAGAAGGCGAAGACG